AUGGAUUUAAAACACCUCAAGAAUAUCAUUAUUCUUUCUUCUGGAUUUCUUCUGCUUUCCACUGCAUAUGGAGGUCUCCAAACUAUACAGAGCAGCCUUAACCCUGAGAAAGGUCUUGGAGUCGCCUCACUGAGUGUGGUCUAUGGGUGUCUCAUCAUCUCUUCGCUGUUUCUUCCCCCGAUCGUUAUUAAGAAAAUUGGAUGCAAGUGGACACUUGUAAUAUCAAUGUGUUGCUAUGUCUCCUAUUCAGUUGGAAAUUUUAAACCAAACUGGUAUAGUUUAUUAAUCACCUCUGCAAUUUUAGGAAUUGGUGGAGGGCCACUAUGGGCAUCAAAAUGUACAUAUCUCACAGUAAGUGGAAUUCGACAUGCAGAAAAAACAGGGAAAGAUAAAAUGGAUGUUGUGAACCAAUACUUUGGAGUAUUCUUCUUAAUUUAUCAGACAUCAGGCAUUUGGGGAAAUCUAAUUUCAUCCCUUGUGCUUCAGCAGAGUCCUAGUAAAGUGAUAGAUGAAAAUGCUACUUAUUUACAUUGUGGGGCUAAUAACUGUCCAAUACUUUCUGCGGGGCCAAGCAACUCUACAAGUUCAUCUCCUGGUAUAGCAGACAAUAUACGUUACACGUUAAUGGGCAUUUAUACCGGGUGUGGAGUGCUUGCUGUCCUGCUUAUUGCAAUUCUAUUAGAACAGAUUGAUUUAAAAGACCAAAAGAAUGAAGGCGAAGCAAAUGAUUCAACCUGCAAAACAUUACUAGGCACAAUACGUCAACUUAAGGAUAUACGACAGUGUCUCCUUAUACCUUUAACCAUGUUCAGUGGCUUCCAGCAAGGAUUCCUCUCCAGUGACUACACAAAGGCAUAUGUUUCUUGCACACUGGGAAUACAUUUUGUAGGAUACGUCAUGAUUUGCUUUGGAGCUACAAAUGCCAUUGGCUCUAUGUUGUUUGGAAAACUUUCCCAAUACACUGGACGAAUUGCCCUUUUUAUGCUUGCUGCUGCUACAAGUGCCUCAUGUAUAACGGCACUACUGCUCUGGAGACCAAAUCCUAACCAAUUUGCAGUGUUUUUCAUUUUUCCUGCUUUAUGGAGCAUAUCUGAUGCUAUCUGUCAGACUCUUCUAGGUGCUCUUUAUGGAGUUUUAUUUGAUGAUCACAAAGAAGCAGCUUUUGCCAAUUACCGUGUCUGGGAAUCUCUUGGCUUUGUCAUUGCAUUCGCAUACAGCAACCUUUUGUGUGUUUCUGUAAAGCUUUAUAUAGUACUUUCUGUCAUGUUGCUUGGAAUGAUUCUUUAUUUGGUUGUUGAAUGCUUGGAAUACAAAAAAAGGUCUAAGGAUGACCAGAACACUAGCGAGAUGACAAAUGAAAAUACCAGCAUAGAGUUAACAGAACAGACACAAAAAAAUGCACAAUAAAUAAUAUUGCAGAUUUCACUGACCUCAGUUUGUAAAUCAUAACAUUUCAG